GAUAUGUGUUUGGCUACUGCCGCUGAUGGCGCUGGUUGUAGCAAGGUCUCCAGUGAAGAUGAUCAGACGUGGACAAGAUAAACUGUGGCAAAAAAUGAUCAAAUUACCGUGGACAACCGAGUACAUGUCUGAGCGGCAACCACUGGUUAGAACAAUACGCGGCUCUUGUAAGGCAGACGUCGGAUUCUGUCCUACCGGAAGUUGCCGCUACGAUCUCUAUAGACACCGAAGGUUCCUUCAUGACGGUGUUGUUUGUCCAAAGUACAGGUCAGAGGUCGUUGAUUGUGGAGUUUUUGGACGGGUUAAGGUACAGAUUGUAGACAAAUGUGUAUGUUGUGCUGACAAGGGUGUCUUUGUACAAGGACUCGUAAAAGACAGAAAUAGCGGAGAACCUCUGCCAAAAAUGUUGGUUCUUUGGAAAGGCAAACAGGUAGACAUAACCACAGGAACGGGCAACUUUGAGUUUGUUAUUGGCUCUUACGUUAGAGAUAUUGUUAUUCUAGUAAAAAAUAACAACGCCGACCGCGGAUACGGCGAAUACGCCGACGCUGUAAAAACCAUAGACAUUCCUAUCGGAUUUAGAGGACCAGUCAACGUUGAAAUCUCGAUGUUAAAAAGAGCUGCACCCGUCUCGGUAGAUCCAACCAUCGAAACUGCAAUGGAUCUGUUACCCGGAGCAAAUGUUGCAAAAAUGGUAAUAAAAGCUAACUCGGUAAAAGACGCAAAAGGCAAUUUGUACGAUCAGCAGGUACUCGUACGAAUAACGUCAAUCAAUGUCUCCGUAGCGGAGACAGACGAUAUUCUCCCUGGUCGGUUUCUGACGGCCGACAAUGACCAGCUGGUCUCGGAUCUUGUCUUUGAACCAGUAAUCACGACGGCGGACGGUGAGACACUGUUUGUCGAAGCCUUAAUCCAGGUCAAUGCCGAGAUGUUGCUGUGGGAGAUUAACGGAGGGACAGGCCGUUGGGAAAAGGUUAAAACCAAGCGUCCUAAUAAAGCAGAUUCGGCAUCACCAAGUCGGAAAGCCAGACAGAUUCAGUUGACGGAUGAGUUCUUGAUCCAGAUCAACUCUGGAAAGUGGUACAAUAUCGACAAGAUACCCGGUGCCCCACGGUGUUACUUCAAAGCUCGUGUAUUUUAUGAAAAUCCCGCUGAGGCCAACUUUCCUGCUGCCUUUCGGCCAACCGUUGUUGCUUUCACACCAAAUAACGAGAGACUGCGAUUGUACCACCCAUUCACCACAGAUCCUGCUAACAAAUGUUUUGAAGUACGCUGUCUUGAUUUCAACCCGGCUGAUUCCACCAAUGUUCUCACUGGCCUCAUCAGUUACACCGCAUAUGAAAGUGUUUCUGUCGGCGGUGUCAACAUUCCAUUGGUCACAGAAUUGAAGGCCAAAAAACUUACCGAUUACAUUCCACCCAUCCAAGUACCACAUUCGUCCAUUUUCUAUAACAGAUUGCUUCCCGAUAAAAAACAGGUUUACGUAAAUUUUAUUUCUGCGAACGACCACAGUCGGCCUUUUUAUUCAGACAGAGCAGUUUGUGAAGCCACCAAUGUUGCACAACCCGCAUUUCACUUUUAUAAGCCUGCGCUACCUAGCUACGACCCGAUCCCUGGCGAUACUAAGCUAUGCACAGGCCGAAUCGCCUUGCGCAGCAGGACCGGGGCGUUCAUAGAUGCGCUAACGGAUCUGCCGUCUUUGACAGCCACCAGCGUUUGGGCGUCUGGCAACAAUAACUACUACUAUACAGAUACUGCUGCCUUGCGAAUAGCCAGGGACGCUGCUGGUGUCGACUUUGUCCAAGUCUGCAUUACAUAUCGCUGCAGCAAACCAGAUGAGCCAACUACAGUUUACCUCGACAUUGACAUCCCGUGGAUCGACUCAACGAACGGAAGUACCAACAGUGAAAUUGCACAUCCGGCCUUCGGCUGUAAUGGCAGGUGUAACGGCUCACUGUGCCCUCGAUUCAAAGAAGGUACUUCACGAAACCUUCUGACAAAUUUUGAAGGCGCUUUCCAACCACCAGAAGUGCCAGGUGCAACCGGACCCGAUUUUUACUAUGGUACCAAAACCGAUUGUGAUGAAAGAACCUCUACUGAAGCGUUUGCUUACGAGUUAUUUUGUUACGCGAGGAGAUGGGGUACUGCUGAGAACAGAGCGGCGGUUUGAUGCAGUAUUUUGCAGUUGUAAUUUUUGACGACAAACCUUCUAUUCAAUAGUGUUAUAAAAUGAGAAGAUGAUGUACAGUCAAACCCCGUUGGCUCGAGCUCGUUUGGCUCGAAUUCCUCGUUCGCUCGAACUGGAUGUUAAGGACCCAUUUCUCUAAAUUGAUGGUAAUAAUUGCCGCUUGGCGGAGUUUCCGAGGCUCGAGGUAUUUUCGUCGGUCCUUAGGAGUUCGAGCCAACGGGGUUCGGCUGUAAAUAAUACUUAUACAUAAGAAUACUAUCUUGAAUGUAUUGAAAAGCAAGUUUAAGAACUACAUGUAGAAUUUUCUUAAAAAAUAAAUUAAUGUUUACAUAUGCAGAAUAUUAUCCCACGACCGUGAACCGUGUUUUCGCAUGUUUACUCUGAAUAAAAAUGAUAUUUCGUAUAAUGUUGUUUUUGUGUUAUAAAAUAUGUCUCUGAGAGAUCAGUUUGUUGUA